GCGCACUGAGCCCCAACCCGCCAUGUCCAGAAAGAAGACCCCCAGGAGCAAGGGGGCCGGCGCGCCCGGCGCCUCCGCGCUGCCCGCCGCCAACGGGGCCCGGCCGGCGCGCCCCGGGACUGCGCGCCCCGGCCCCGACCCGCCGCCCAACGGGCCCCUGCAGCCCAGCCGGCCCUCCCUUGGCGGCGGCGGCGACUUCUACGACGUCGCCUUCAAGGUCAUGCUGGUUGGGGACUCGGGCGUGGGGAAGACCUGCCUGCUCGUGCGCUUCAAGGAUGGCGCUUUCCUGGCGGGGACCUUCAUCUCCACUGUGGGCAUCGACUUCCGGAACAAAGUUCUGGACGUGGAUGGCGUGAAGGUGAAGUUGCAGAUCUGGGACACAGCUGGCCAGGAGCGGUUCCGCAGUGUCACACAUGCCUACUAUCGGGACGCUCAUGCACUGCUGCUGCUCUAUGAUGUCACCAGCAAGGCCUCCUUUGACAACGUCCAGGCCUGGCUGACCGAGAUCCAGGAGUAUGCCCAGCACAACGUGGUGCUCAUGCUGUUGGGGAACAAGGUGGACUCUGCCCACGAGCAUGUGGUGAAGAGGGAAGACGGAGAGAAGUUGGCCAAGGAGUACGGGCUGCCCUUCAUGGAGACCAGUGCCAAGACAGGCCUCAACGUGGACUUGGCCUUCACAGGCAUCGCAAGGGAGUUGAAGCAGCGCUCCAUGAAGGCUCCCGGCGAGCCCCGCUUCCGGCUGCACGACUACGUGAAGAGGGAGGGCCGAGGGGACUCCUGCUGCCGACCCUGAACCUGGCUGAACUCAAUCCCUGUCUCAGAAGGCUGGACAGGUCUACAGGCCCUUCUGACCUUGUCACCCAGUGGCCAACCCCAUGACAUCCAUUUCUAGGACCCCGGGCCAAACCUCACCGCUUCCUCCCCCCAGCAGCAGUCUGUCUUCCGGCUUCACAGGGGCAGCGCGUGCACAGCCUCCCUUCGCUGGCUGUGGCCUCAGUGCCUUGCCCUCGAGGCCGUCAGGUCAACAAGGUCCUCUGCAUGGGAGGGGGCGUGGCACCAAGUGCACACACCGAGCCACAGCACUCUGCUGCCCCCUCCUGGGCACACCCAGCUAUGAGGCUGGGCCACCGGCUGGCGCCACGAGUUCAAAGCCUAACCCCUUGGAAAAGCCAUGUCUUCACCCGCACUCAGCAGCUCAGGCAGAGAAAGGACUUUGGCCCAUGCCUGGGACAGAGGCCUUCACCACUAAUCACAUUGUGCAUUUGUGCGCCCGGGGAGCCACCCGCUCCCAGUCCACCCAGUAGGAGGCUCCGGUUCACCAAACAUCAACAGGGUCUUCUCGUGUGACCUUGGAGGACACGUGUAGCUUUGUGAUGCUGGGACUAGCAUGUGAGAAAUCACUGAAAUAGGAAACUAGGAUUGCCAGCCCAGCCUGCCUACCAAGCUUCCAACUCUGCAGGCCAGGGUAGCAGGUCCAGCCGGCCCACAGCUGAGGUCUGUGACCGCCAAGCACGCCCCACCUUGCACUACAGCUAUCAAGCUGGUCUUUUGAUUGCA